AUGGACACGGCGUACAACACAUCAUCGUUUUUAGUGCUAACUGGCUUUGAUCUCCCUCCUGAAAGCACCACUGCCACGUUUCUCUUCGCAGCCCUCGGCUACAUGAUCAUACUGUUCUGCAACGUCACUCUGAUCCUCGCCAUUGUACUGAACAAGUCUCUGCACCAGCCCAUGUACCUAAUUCUGCUGAACCUUCCUAUCAAUGACCUAAUAGGCUCCUCGGCCCUCUUUCCACAGGUUAUUAAAGAAAUCCUAACCAACAGCAGGACGAUGCACUACUCCGCUUGCGUCGCCCAAGCCUUUUUCAUCCACAUCUAUGCAGCGGGUUCGGUGUUUAUUCUCACUGCUAUGGCGUAUGACAGAUACACUGCCAUAUGUUUGCCUCUGAAAUACAAUACUGUUAUGACUAACGCUCACAUUAUGAAGCUAAUCACAUUUGUGUGGGUGUCUGUUCUAUGCCUUAUAAGUGUGCUUUUUGUGUUGCUUUUGCGUUUACCCCGCUGUCGAUCUUUAAUGACAAACCCCUACUGUGAUAAUCCAUCUUUGCUGAGUCUGGUCUGUGCUAAUACAACUGUCAAUAACAUUUACGGGCUAUUCAUCAGCGCCAUUUCCCAGGUGAUAUCUAAUGGAGUCAUUCUUUACACAUAUCUCCACAUACUGGUCGCAUGCUACAGAUCUAAAAGACAAGACACCAAAACCAAAGCUCUGCAGACAUGCGCUACACAUCUAAUUGUUUUCCUCCUGCUGGAGUGUCUGGGGCUCUUCACUAUCAUCUCAUACAGGAUGCAGGACAUUUCACCACAUGUGAGGAGACUCCUGGGCUUAUCGACAAUCAUUUUCCCCCCAACACUGAAUCCAAUCAUAUAUGGCCUGAAAACAAAAGAAAUCAGAGAGAAAUUUUGUUUAUUUCUAGGAAUAAGGUCUUUUUGACUCAACUGUGUUUUUUGUUGCAAGUUUUACUUGUUUACAAAUCCUCUCUACUAAAUACUUUC